AUCGCGGUUCUGUGUUCACGAUGGCUAUCGAAGGAGGAAAAGUACGGAAAAAAGACUCGAAACGAUACUUUGAGAAACCAAGUGAAACCGCUGUGCUCGAUAACAACCGGAAGCCGAAGAAAAUCGUCUUCAGCGAAGAUGGAGAACAACAGGAAGUGCCGAUUAGGGAUCCCAUCGAACACGAGCCGGCGGAUGUAGAAACACGCACGGAGCAGGCAGCUGGCGGUAAAAGGAAGAAUGCGAAAUCCGGUCGACGGGGCAGUAGUUUCAACCUGCCGGGAGACGACGAGAAGGUGAAACGCUGGUACGAACAUUUCGACGGAUACAAUACGGUCGGUGGCGAGGUGGUUGAGCUGAAAGACCCCGAAAUCCAGGAACUUAGGAAACUGUGCCGCGCGGCCUUCGACGCCGAAUGUCGUGUCCGCAUGAAGGACAACCCAUCCGAUGCCCGCUGGUUGCAGAGCGCGAUCGAGAAGGGAACAUCGCGUGAUCGAGCCAGUUCCGGAGCGCUACUCGUACAGUCGAACCCGUUCUGCAAUCUGUCCGCUCUGGAGACGGUGAUCGGGAUGGUGAAACCCUCGAACAAGGGCCACCUUGACGUGGUGGAAGUGUUAACCGAGCUGAUGCUGAAAUCACUCCUUCCGUCCUCGAGAAAGUUAAUACCGAUUCCACUUCGUGGGGCUGAUUGGCGUAACGUACAGCGGCAAGAGCUGUCGAAAUCCAUUCGCGAACCACUGCUGGCGCACUGGCACUUCGAGGAUCAGCUACGCGAGCUGUACUUUAACUUUCUGACCAACAUAUCGGUGAUACUGCACUCGGGACAGGAGGAUAGCAAGUGCAAGGCGAUCGUUCACACGGCACGUCUGUUUGCGGACAUACCGGAGAAAGAAGCCUUUUUGCUGACGGUGCUCGUCAACAAACUUGGCGAUCCGUCACGGCGCGUAGCCGUAAAGGCGCUCUAUCAUCUGUUGCAGGUCGUGCGGAAACACAGCGCCAUGGCACUAGUGGUUGCCACGGAAACGGAGAAAUUGCUCUUUCGCAACAACGUCUCAGCGACAGCGCAGCAUUAUGCGCUCUCGUUCCUGGCCUCGAUCGCCUCGUACGGUGACUUUGCCACGUGUCAGAAGCUGAUUAACGUGUGCUUUGCCUUCUUCAAGAUUCUGACCGAACGUGGUGAGAUCAACUCGCGGACGAUGCAGGCCAUACUGGCCUGCCUACGCAAAGCGAUCGGUAGCGUGAAACGUGACAUCGCAGUAGCUGAUAUCGUGCAGCCCGAGCUGCUGAACGUUAUCUAUCGAAUGGUGCAUCUGGCAGACAUUGCGAUCGGUUGCCAGGGGCUCUCGUUGUUGCUGGAAGUGACGGAGCGCCCUGGUCGUGAGCAGAACCGUUUCUACAAUACGCUAUACCGCAAGCUGCUUGAUCCUCAGCUUUCCUCCGUCGGUCCACGCAUCUCAACCGUGUUCUUCUACAUUAUACACCGUGCCAUGCAGAACGAUCCGAUCCCUGAUCGUGCGCAAGCCUUCAUCAAGCGUCUGCUACAGGUGGCAUUUUAUUUCCCACCGGCUCGAGUUUGUGGCACUCUGAUCAUCAUCAGCAAAGUGCUCCGAAAGCGUCGUCAACUGCUGAUCGAUGGUCUACCGGCACCAGCAGAGGCCACAGCUCUGUCCGCUUCAAAGAAGGACGACGACCGCGAUGGACCUAUCUUGGCACCAAAGGACGACGAUGACGACGAGGAUCAGAAAGAGCUUGAUGUGAAACCACCUAAAGGUGCCGGCAGAACUGUUAGCAAUUCAUCGGUUGUUCGCGGUUAUGAUGCUUUCCAUCGUGCAUCGGAGUUUGCCGGGGCUAAGUACACGCUCCGGUACGAGCUGGCCCGUUAUCUCGAAUACUUUCAUCCAACGGUACAAAAGUUCGCCGAAUGUAUUCUUAGCAAUGCCCCACUUAGCUACUAUGGUGAUCCAUUGCGGGAUUUCUCACUCGGCCAUUUCCUGGAUCGAUUUGCGUUUAAGAAUCCGAAGAAACCCCAAAAGGCAAUCGACGAAGCGACGGGCCAAGAGGUAAACCGUCCAAGACCGCUCGGUGUGGCACAACGCAAGGGAGAUUACCAGCCUACCGGCUCACGAGCUCUACCGGUCGAGUCACUCACCAAGGAACAGUGCACCGAGGAUGAGCAGUACAUCUUCCAAUUUCUGGAGAAGAAACGAGAUCGAUUCCGCCAAGCGGAGGAACGCAAAAAGGCACUGAAGCUAAAGGCCGAAGGAAAGAAGUCGGGUGAAGAAGAAGACGAGGCGGAGGUUGAUUCCGACGUUGACUCACUCGAUGACGACGAGUUCGAUGCAUACUUGGAUCGUUUGGGUGUUCCUGGUGGGCGCGAUGAUGGUGCCAAUAUGGAUCGGUCGGAGCUUGACUUCAUGACCGAGCUGGAACAGGACAUGGAGCGUAAAGCGAGCAAGAAGAAGGGUAAGAAGAAGGGUCAGCAGGAUGCUGAUGAUGAAGAUGAAGAGGAGGACGAUGGUGCGUUGGAUGAUUGGGAUGACGUACCGGGGGGUGAUGAUGAAGACGACGAGGAGGGCGAUAACAGCGAUGAUGAACCACGUGGUUUUGGUGGAGACGAUGAAGAUGAAGAGUUCAGUGAUGGUGGUAGCAUCUCGCUCGAGGAAGAUGAUGACUUCGAUGCCGGAGAUGAUGACGAUGACCCAGAAGAAGAAGAUGAGGAGCCAGUGAGGAAGAAGGCGAAGAAACAGAUGUUACGUACCGGUGUGAGUGAACGAGACUUUGCCCGGAAGCUCAAGUCGUCCGACAUGAACUCACUGUUUGCUGCGGCCGAUGACUUCUCGGAGCUGCUUGAGCGCAAUGUUGGAUCGUCGGGAGCCGACGGGAAAGCAAAGCGAGGCAAGCACAAACAGAAAUUACAAUCCGCCGGGGCGCACGGUACCGCCGGUGAAGUUUUCAAUCAGGAUAAUUCGUCCGCCAAACAGAUGGCCUGGGAGCAGUCUCGGUUUAGUGGCAAAAACCGGAUGCAGGCGAGUAGCAAGAAGCGUUUCAUCAGUAAACAACGCAGUGGAGGUGGUGGUGGCGGGAUAACGAAGAAGAAAUUUGCCGGCAAGAGGAAGUAAAGCUCAUCUAAGUCUUUCGUUAUUAGUGAUGAGUAUAACUAAAAAUCAAUAAAACCAUCUAUUGGUCCUUAUUUGUCAACAAUCAACUAUCCUUAAAUAUCGCGUG